AUGUGCCGCAAGGGAUACUACGCCCUCAACUGCAUGUUCAUCUGCGACGCGGACAUGAAAAUCUUGGCCUUGGACCCUAUGCGACCGGGGUCGGACCACGACGCUUUUGUCUGGCGGACGACAUGGUUGCGCCGGCGGUUCCAAGCGGGGCGCAUCGUGAAUGCCGGGGAAUACCUCCUCGGUGACAGUGGCUACCCCUUGGAGCCGUGGCUCCUGACCCCGGUUCCUGGCCAUCCUCCAGUGCACACAGCCGAGGGGCAGUACAACACAGCACAUGCCGCCAUGCGUUCCGUAGAGGAGAGGUGCAUUGGGCUCUUAAAGAGCCGUUUCCGCUGUCUUCAGCGAUAUCGCACCCUCCUCUACGAGCCGGAACGUGCAGCCAACAUUGAACAUGCUGUUGUGGUGCUCAAAGUGAAAGAGCCAUAG